AAUUGUAAAUGAGUCCACUUAGUUUUUUUUUUUGUUUUUUCUUCUUGAAUAAAGUUAAUGGUCCUCAGAGCUUCCAGCGGAUGUUUACUUGACGAGGACAUAUUUAUGGACAAAAAAGGGGUAUGCAUAUUAUUUAUACUUACUUUGUUGUCAUAUACCUUAAAUAUCAUCUGUAUGAUGUUGAAAAUGGAACUGAAGAAUCUCUUGCCAAUCUUGUGGUUUGUCCUUGUAAGCUUUGAUGUUGUGUAUGCACCAGAAUGUGGCACAACAGGGGUUUUUGAACCACGUGGUAGGUUUGACAUAAACCGUAGGCUUCUCCUAUCUUCUCUUGCUUCUAAUGUUUCAGCUCGAGGUGGCUACUUCAAUUCUUCGCUUGGCCAAGCCCCUGAUCGAGUGUAUGCUCUAGGGAUGUGCCUUCAAGGUGCUCAACAAGAGAUUUGCUACAAUUGUAUUGACUUGGCGUCGAGUCUAUUACUAAGCAGCUGUCCCAACCAGGUCGAAGGCCUCGCCUGGACUGAAAAACGGAUUGUGUGUAUGGUACGAUACUUCAAUACUUCUUUUUUCGGAUUACGCAAGAUAGAACCGCAUUUUCCUACAUCCAAUCCGGAAGAUAUCACAUCAAGCUUAACAGAGUUUAAUCAAGUUUGGGAAGGGUUAACAAGUGGUUUUUAGCAUGAAAGGAGCGAAAUGGAGCAAUUUGGAUUGUUUUGGAGCAUAAAUCUCGAAAAAUCAAUUUGAAGUCUGAUUAUACGAAGGGCAUCGAUCGACACUAGAAGAGCAUCGGUCGACACCCAUUGCAAAUCGAGACAAGUCUUCAAAUUUGGA